GUUUAACAUUUUAGCUUAUUGACUGGCAAUUCAGUUUACCACAAAUAAUUCAAUCCGACAACCAACAAUCCUCUAAAACAACACCGACAAUCAUUCAAUCGAAUGAAAUAAAAUUUGUGAAAACAAAUUUUAUGCUUAUGUUUAUUAAAUAUAUUAUGAACAUUUCACCAAAUCUAUUAAAUUGGACAUCAGAAUUAAAUCAACUAGAUGUUGUAUCAAGAAUUUCAAUCAGUGAUCUAUUCAAACGUAUUGAAUAUGUGAAAUCAAGUUUAACAUUUUUAAUUCAUUAUUUUAAAACUACUGAAAAAGUUAAUAGUAGUAUAAAUAGUGGUAGUAGUGUUAAUAAUAAUAAUAAUAAUCAUAAUCAUGAUAAUGAUAAAAUAACAAAUCCAAUUCAUUUAACAUUAAACAAUUUAACAUUAAUGAAUCGUUUAUUAGAAUUAUUAACAAAAACAUCAGAAACUAUAUGGUGUAUUUUAUAUUCCACUGCAUAUUGGAUUAAAGCAUCAUCGCCGUUAUCAUCUCAAUCAACAGAUUGUAAUAUUAUGUUAUUAUUAGACGAUAAUUGGUUAAGUCCACUUGCUAGAUUUGCUUCUGCAUUUAAGAAUUGUGUUUAUGAAUUUGAUAGAAAAUCACGUCAUUCACAAAAUACUACUACUACAACAACAUCUACUGCUACUACUGAUAAUAAUCAUAAUCCUGUACAAGAUACACAUUCUGCUUGUUCUUCAUCUUCUUUCAAUCAUUCUCAUCAUCAUCACCAUCAUCGUCACAGUCAGAGACAGUUGAAAGAACAAGAAAAGAUCCCACCACCGUCAUCAUCAUCAUCAUCAAAACGUGAAACUCGUCAUCGAAAACCACGUACUCGUCAAUUGGAUACAGACGGUCUAAUGGAUGAUAUAUUACAUAGUAAGUUUUUUAAAGUACAUACAUUUGAAGUUCAAUUUUAA